AUCGCCCCGACGAGAGCCAGGAACGACUACGCUCUGGCCUCAAAGAUGGCGUCCUCCGCCUCUGCUCGGACAUCGGCGGGGAAGCGAGUAGUGAAUCAGGAUGAACUCCGGCGGCUGAUGAAGGAGAAGCAGCGUCUGAGCACCAAUCGGAAACGGAUAGAAUCUCCAUUCGCCAAGUACAACCGUUUGGGGCAGCUGAGUUGUGCCCUUUGUAACACUCCGGUUAAGAAUGAGCUCCUGUGGCAGACUCACGUCCUGGGAAAGCAACACCGGGAAAGAGUGGCCGAGUUGAAAGGCGCAAAGGAAGCCGCCCAAGGUCGCUCCGCCAGCGCAGUGCUUCAGUACGUGAAGAGGAAGGCUCCCGACACAGACAGCCAAGACGCCAAAAGAGCAAAGGCCUCUCCGGUGCCCCAGGUACAACCCUCCACAUCCGGUUUGUCCACCAACUUUGACAAAGCGGGGAAGGAGUCCACAAGAGCGACCCUCAGCAAGUCUUCCGCUCUGGGUUUACUCCCUGAUUAUGAUGAGGAGGAGGAGGAAGAGGAGGAAGAGGGAGGAGAAGGAAAAAAGGGGGAAGCAAGCAAGCUGCCGCUCGACCCACUGGGCAAGGAACAUUCAAUUUCUUCGCGCGAGGCAACGAAUAAUAAGCUGCCAAGCGAUUUCUUGGAUACAAAUCCUCCCAAGGCCCCUUUAAUUCCUCACUCAGGGUCAAUAGAGAAAGCAGAAAUACACGAAAAAAUCGUGGAAAGGAAAGAAAACACCGCGGAAGCAUUACCGGAAGGUUUUUUUGAUGACCCUGAGAUAGAUGCGAAGGUACGAAAGGUUGAUGCCCCCAAGGAUCAAAUGGACAAAGAGUGGGACGAAUUUCAAAAAGCUAUGAGACAAGUCAACACUAUUUCUGAAGCCAUAGUUGCUGAGGAAGAUGAGGAGGGACGGUUGGACCGGCAGAUUGGGGAGAUUGAUGAGCAGAUAGAGUGUUACCGGCGAGUGGAAAAGCUGCGGAAUCGUCAGGAUGAAAUAAAAAAUAAACUUAAAGAGGUUCUCACCAUUAAAGAACUGCAGAAAAAAGAAGAGGAGAAUGUUGACAGUGACGAUGAGGGAGAACUACAGGAUUUGUUAUCUCAGGAUUGGCGGGUGAAAGGGGCUUUGUUAUAGUGUUAAAAAAUGUUUUCAAUACGAUACAGAUUACUCCAUGCCUGGCAUUUGUUUACCUGUCUGGGUUGGUGAAAUACAGUGAGCCUGUGAGGGAUUGCACUUUGGAAAUUUCUGAGGUACUGUUUUGGAAAUUUUUGAAGUAUUGUAUACUGAAAUGCCGACUUUUUUUUUUUUUUUUAACAUUUACAGAUUUGAGUGUAUAAUUCUGAGUUGUAAAGUUUGCAAGCUGUAAAUAUUGUACAAAGUUAAAUAUAUAUUUACUUAAGUAAGUUUGUUUUGAAAUUUAUAUAUACAUAGAAGUCAGACCAACAGACAAGCUUUUAGUUGACUACCAAGUGUGCUGUGGGAAUAUUUAUGACUUUUUCUUUUCUGGACGCCCUAAAUCAAACCCAAAGGGUUUGAGAUUUUUUUUGGCUUGGGUUUUUUUUGGUAAGAACACUACUCAUAAACAUAUAAGUCAGUCUGAGCUGGGUAACUGGGUAUUCAGUUUCAAAAACAGGCUUUCUAGAAACAUGGAGAAAAAAAUGUGUAAACAUGACCAGCUUCCUUGUUCCAAAGUUUCUCUUGAUGAAACCCAGUGAUUCUUAGGUGUAGGUGCUCAUGAAGAUCACCUAUGAAGCUUUCUAAAAUGUCCACCUGAAUCACUUAAGAAGCUUUUAAAAAAAUGAUAAACCUGAGCCCUGUCAAUAGAGAGAUUCAGUAAAUCUGUUGUUGUGUAUAGGCAUCUGUAUUUUGAAAGCUUCCCAGGUUAUUCUAAUAUGUACCAAAGUUGAGCCACUACCCUAAAUCCAGAACCCAUUUAUUAUUUUUCAGGGGUUUUUUCCUUUAUAUGCUCCAUAAGCUUACUGUCUUGAAUAAAAUAUACCUUUUUUCUUAAAAUUUAUUCAGCAUAUACUCUUAUUUUUAUAUAUUUUUAAAGAUUUAUUUAUUCAAGCAUACAAGAACCGGGAUACUGGCCAGAUGUGCAGGAGAAUGAGAGGAUUCACCAGACACAGCGGGGAACAGAACAGGUAGACUGACUGAAAUACACUGCUGAGGGGAGCAGCGGGCAAGCGAGACAGGAGAGGUCUGCUGCGCCAUGUGGGUAUCUCGCCGGCUGGCCGGGAUCGAACCCAUGCUGCGGAGGCUGCAGACAGCUUCACAGCGCUGUGCUCAAUCACCUGAGCCACCAGGGGAGGCCCCUUGAAUAAAAUAUACUUUUAUUUAUAUCCCAGCCAGCCUUAAAUUUUAUUACACUCUGUGGUAAAUAAGGGUUUAUGGUUACAAGUUCUACUUAUUGUCGGAAGACCAAGUUGUUUUCUUCAGCAGUAACAAUUGACGGGUGCCCAUCCUUGGUCAUUUUAAGUCACUAUUUCUCCCUUGGAAAUAGAGGUAUUCAGAUAGGAAAAAGGAGUUACAAGUGUUCUUGGGAUAGAAAUGCAUACAGUGUAUUCAAAUAAAAGUGAGCCGUAAUAAUAGCUGAAACUUAAAAGUAGUGCUUACAGUAUGAGGCCAGGUAGGGUUCUAAGUGUUUUAUGGAAAUUCAGUCCAGUUUCUCUAAAGCCCAGUUUUUUUGCAAGAGAAAUAAAGUAUAUAAAAGCCUUGAAUGCUACAUGAAAGAAUUCCUGCAGGCAAUGUGGGAAAAGUGAAAGAUUAAAUUAUAGUAUAUAGCAUGGAAUGAACAUGAGGGAGAAAGUAGAUGGGAGACUUGAUUGUAAACUAAUUUUUUUAAAGCAAUGUCACUUAGUAAUUAGGUAUGGAUUAAGAGGAAAUGAAUAAACAAUUUCACAGGAAGAGCUGAGAGUUUAGAAGUGGAAGAAGAAUAACUGGAGGGAUAAAGAUGGAAUUCAGGGGAUUGGGUUUUUUAAUUGUGGAUAGCUAGAAGAAGUUAUCUAAUACUUUUUGAGUGAUUGCCUAUUAUCCUGCUCCUGAACUAUCAUUGCAGAUAGUUACUCAGUUUGAGCAGGUCAUCUCUCGGAACCUUAGUUCAAUUAAUAAAAUGAUUCCUCAGAGUAUGGUGAGAGUCAAGUAACAUGCGUGUGAAAGGAGAGUUAAAGUAUUUCUACAGCAGUAUCUGAUUAUCCCUUACCUGGCGCUACUAACUUGCUACCUUGAUCUUAGGCUAGUAAUUUAGUGCCCCUCACUUUCCCCUUUAAAAUGAGAACAUUAGAACAGAUUUUUUUUUUUAGAUUUUAACGCCAAUCCUUAAUUUUGCCAUAAGACAAAUGGCAUCUCACCUUUUUUUUUUUAAAGGAUUUAUUUAUGCAUACAGGAGUUGGGGUACAGGACAGAGUUGCGGGGUGGGGGUGAGAGGAUUCACCAGAGACAGUGGGGAACAGAACAGGCAGACCAACUGAAACACACUGCUGAGGGGAGCAGUGGGUGAGGCAGGAGAGGUCUGCUCGCCAUGUGGGUCUCUCCCUGGCAGACCGGGGACGGAACUCGUGCUACAGAGGCUGCAGAUUGCCUCAUAGCGCGGUGCUCAAUCCCUUGCACCACCAGGGAGGCCCGGUAUCUCACCUUUUAAAGAUGUGAAAUCAUUUGGUUGACUUUAAUGACAGAUGAUUAAAAUUUUGUUACUUUUUACUGAAAGCUUUGCCCAGAAUGGUUCUAAUUGUCUUGUGUAAUUUUGAAUAGUGCUCCCUUUCACUCUCAACAGUGUUCUUUUUUGGAAAGAUAUUUACGUUAAAGUUUAAUGUGAAGGAAGACCAUUUUCUAAUAAAGAAUAAAAUGUCUUAAUAGACAUAGUAUAUAUUUCCUGUUACCAAUGCACCAGUUGACUGACUACUAUGUUGUAUAGAGGGAUUCGAGUAAAUUUAUGGGUAGGGGUGGUGGCUAGAUGACCUUAGAUUGCUUUUUAAUUCUAAGAAUCUAGCAGCCUGUAUGAUAAUGGGAAUUUAGAUGCUUUCAAUUCAGAAAGGAAAAAAAAAGUCCCUUAACUUUGCUUUCUAUUUUCCAUCUACAUUUCCUCCCUCAGUGAUCUCAUCCCUUCCCAUGACCUUAAAUAUCACAUGUAUAACAUAUACAUGUAUAACAUAUGUACACGCAUAUAUCCAC